UGAGAAAAAGAAAUUAGAAUUCUUUUUAUACAUACACAAUAGAUAUCUUCAAGUAGAUAAAGAAAUUUCGGUGGCAAUUUAUGCGAUUUGUGAUUACGGAUCUAGAGGGGUGCGUUGCAUUCCCUCCCUCCCCUUGGGCCGAAAUAUCGAUGUCCAACUUUUGGGCCUAAAUUCCAGUAUAAAUCAUGUAUACACCAGAAAGACUCCGAAGAGUAAUUUACGACAACCCGAACGUUAUAUUGACAUUAGUAACGAUGGCGCGAGGGUGAAAGGUUUGCAGUAGGCCUAGGCUAGUGUGAACGGGAGACAGAAAUGGAGACCCUGAAUCGGCGAGUUUUAGAGGGACGUUUGGACAGUCUCCCUCCGGAGGAUAAAUCAGACAUUGCUGUCUUUGUUAGCUCAACAUUUACAGAUAUGUCAGUGGAGAGAAAUUACAUCAUGAACCUUGUGACCUCAGAGCUUGAUAAGUACUGCUUGAAGAAAAGGCUGUCCUUUAGGUUUAUCGACAUGAGAUGGGGGGUGAGGGACGAAGCAUCAGUUGAUCACAUGACAGAGGAGAUUGUUCUGGACGCCGUCCGCACAGCGAGGGACGACUCCAGAGGGCCAUUCUUCCUGUGUCUCCUUGGUGACAAGUACGGAAGCCGUCUGCUACCUCACUACGUGAAUGCAUCAGAGUAUAAACUUCUGCGCAGAAUCGCCAUGAGGCGUGGUUAUGACAUCAGCAUUAUGGAUGAGUGGUUCGAACGUGACGAUAACGCAGAGCCACCAGUGUAUCGCCUGAGAUCAAUAAAUGAAAUUCUCAGUCACUAUGACGACCAUGAUAAUGAGGCUCGUCAGUCCAAGGAUAAGGAGAAAUGGAAUCAAGUGCAGGACAAACUGCUGACGAUGUUCCGAGCUGCUGCAGAUGAAGCAUACUCAGACGGACUGAUCUCCAAGGAAACACGACAUGUCUACUUCAAAUCAGUAACAGAAUCAGAAGUGGAGGAGGGUGUAGUGUAUCAGGACCCGGUCAGGGACAAGGUCAUCGUGUAUUUCCGAAAGUUUUUGGAUAUUAACAUUGAAGAUGCCAAGGCAGGGAGGUUUAUUGAUUUAAAAGAUAGAAAAAUUGAUUCUGAGGCAGAAGAAUUACGAGAGAGACUAAAAUUAGCCCGUGUUCAGCCCCGAUUAGGUCCCUCACAGUUAAAGAAAUUCCAUCUUAACUGGAUGCCAAUCGGAAUUGACGAAACAAAUGAACAACAUAAAGAGUACUUAGAUAAUUUGAUUACAGACAUUGUAGAAAAACUGAAGUGGCAGGUCGACCAAUGUAUCAAAGAUGAAACAUAUCUAAAUUUGACCCCUCUAUACAAAGAAGUUUUACACCAUCUUCAUUUAUGCAAAAAAGAAACUCAACUAUUUGCUGCAAGACGGGAUAUUUUAGAGAGUUUGAAAGAGAGGAUGUUUUUAGUUUACAACAAAAGUGGAAAUCUGGUUGAAUUGACAGAGGAAAUUCAAAAUUAUGCUACUUCGAGAUUGCUCGACUCUGAACUAGAAGGAAAACUCUCCAAUAAGGAUGCUGAGAAACUUGAGGCUGAGUACCAGCAAAUCCAGGAGACCCUCAAUAAGUUUGGCUGUAAGUUCAUCCACAGCGGCUUUUUCCAAAACAAGGACACAGAUCCAAAUGUGAACCAGAAGGAGCUGUUCACCCAGCUUCCAGAUUUUCAGUAUUACUCGCGCCCUGUUGUGCUGUUUGGGUCGUCCGGAUCAGGGAAGACCGCAAUGAUGGCGAAAGUGGCUGAGGAGUCCCAAAACUGGUUCCCAAAUUCUGUCAGUGUAAUACGCUUCCUUGGGACCUCUCUGCUGUCAUUUACCAUUCAGGAGGUGCUGGUGUCAAUCUGUUCUCAGAUAAUUUCUCUGUAUAAGCUGCCUAUUCCUACCUACAUUGACAUGGACAAGGACUAUCAGUUUCUGAUCCAGUUCUUUAAUUCACUGCUUUGGAAAAUUGAUACGAAUUCUCGUCCAUUGAUCAUUGUUCUAGACUCGAUCGACCAGCUCAGUGAUAUGAACGAAGCACAUACAAUGGACUGGCUUCCCGUAAAUCUGCCAGUGAAUGUCCACAUGAUCGUUUCAAUGAUCCCCAACAUCAACUGUUGCCUUCAGAACAUCCUGGGAAAAAUGCCAUGCAGUGAGCAGUAUCUAGAAAUUCCCACAAUGCCAGCGGGUGUUGCUGACGAAAUGAUCAGCAUCCGUCUGCAAAAUAAAUGCCGGCGAGUCACGAAGAUUCAGAGGAGAUUCAUUCUGGAGAAGUUUGAACAGUGUCCCCACCCCCUGUACAUGCGUAUGAUUCUUGAUCAAGCUGCAACCUGGCGAUCAUGCACUGUGACUUCUGACCUUUCCGUGGGUGAUAAUAUCAACAUGGCAAUCAAUCGAUUCUUCAGUGAGCUAGAGAGAAUACACGGGGAGCUGACUGUCAGGAAAACUCUAGGCUACAUGUCUGCGUCCCGAGACGGGAUCAGCGUGACGGAGCUAGAGGACCUCUUGUCGCUCUCUGACGAAGUUCUCCAGGACACCUACAUAUAUCACCUACCCCCCAACGACCGACACAUUCGGAUCCCCCCAUCUGUAAUAUCACAGAUGAUGAGCGACAUCACACCUUAUAUCAUCAUCAGAAAGGUUGGACCCUACAAGAUCCUCACAUGGUUCCAUCGCCAGUUUAAAGAGGUCUGUCGUGCCCGGUUUUUACCAAAAGAUUGGAUCCAAUCUGUCCACAAAGAGCUGGCGGACUACUUCCAGGGAAUCUGGUUUAAGAAAGUCAAACCUUUGACUUUGUAUAAGGUCAAAAAAGGGGAAUUUCCCAAUGCAGACAGAGGAGUACGUGAGCAGAAUAUCAGAUUCAUGAAUAUGUACAACGUUCGCAAACUGUCAGAGCUGCCCUUCCAUCUUGUUAAGUCUCAUCAGUUUGAAAAAUUGCGAGAUCUGUGUAUGACAAAUUUUGAGUUUCUUCAAGGGUUGGUGCAUGUACUGACCAUAGGCAGUGCUAUUAAGGUAUUAAAGAUAGCACUGCAGACAAUGGAUGCUAUAGGAGAGAUUGAAUCUCCACAGGUGUACGAGGACUUGGACAACGUUUACCAAAUUUUGAUGAAAAGCUCGGAGAAAAUUCGUAAAGAUCGGAACAAUCUGGCAGUAGAGAUUAUCGCCCAAUUGGGACCUACCUACUCGGGGUCGGCCUGUCUGAAGUCUCUAGUUGAGGAUGCUUUGACCUUUCUAAAAGAGACCGACACUGCUGCCUUAAUGCCUUUAAAUCGUAUUGCUCUGGGUCCUGGAAGUGUUUUGAAAUUCUCCAUCACAACAGAGGUGUUCAGCAAAGACCCUGAUGAUCAGAGCAGGUGUUAUGACCAUGUUUUCUGUGUGGAUGAGAAGCAUUGCGUCCUGAGAUGUAUUUAUACUGUGGAAGAGCAGCGCUACCUGUAUGUGUUGUGUCUAGAGAGUGAUGGGACGGUCAAAGCCAGACGCAAGAUAAAGACAGAGAUUCAGUCGGUUCAAAUGGCUGGAGGAGACAGAUUCAUUAUACUACAGAAUUCAGAGUCGACAGAGCUUUAUGAAGUAGCAUCCUGGACAGUGGCACCAUUGAGAUAUAAUCCUGUUGACUUUUUGGCGGUAUCCAUAUCUGGGAGAAUAUUAGCUUACUCUUCAGUUUUGAAUUCGAAAGUGGUGGUUUGCCAGAUUGGCGAGACAGUUACAAGCUUGACUGCUCUCUUAAUUUUGGAUUUAGAAAACAUCCUUAUGGUUCAGAUUUCUCAGGAUGACCAGUUUCUGGUUGUCAUCAAUGAUAAUAUGGACCUCUCUACUUACAACAUCCCCACGGCUGAACGACUCUACAGAAAGGAAUCACAAAUAGACAGGAGGGAAUUCCCCAACCACAGUGAGAUAAAGAGGAGGUUAAGUAGUACCAUACAGAUAACAGCAGACAACAAGCUGGUCAGAUCAGAUCCCAAAACUUCAGCAAUCUGUCUGAUUGACUUGGUCAGUGGCGAGUGUAUUUACAAUCUCUGUCACUCUGAACACGGCUCAGCAAACAUCAUUUCUCUGCAUUCCUCUGAGAAGUUUUUGGCCACAGUUGACAAGACAAAAUCAAACACCAUGGAUAUAUGGAGGGUUUGGGAUCUGCAGAGAGGGACACUUCUGUCUUCCCUGGGCAAUGCUGGGGAAUUGGAUGUAACAGGAGAUAAGUCCUGUAGUUCACUUGGCUGUGAAUCUUUGUGUGAAGGUGUACAGAAAAUGCUACUGUUUGGUCCUGCAGAGAGCCUUUUCCUAGCCACUUUGGAGAGUCAGAACUUGUCUGUGGUGAAGGUAUUCUACUUAGGUUCGGCGACCUCUCCCCUGGCAGUGGCAGCACCAUACUGUAGUCUGAUUGGUCAUCACCAGAGGAUUGUCCAGAUGUGUACAGCCAUGAGGGAAACUUGCUUGGCCACAGUUUCACAGGAUAACACUAUCAAAGUCUGGGACCUUCAAAAAAUGGUGCUGAACUUUACGGAUAAGUUUGACAGUGACCCUGACCCUCAGGAAGUUAGAAGCUACUUUGACAGACAAGUGAUGACCGAGUCCACCACCACAAAGAUGGACAUCUCAAGAGAUGAGAAGAAGGCUUUCAUUACAACGACAUCGGGUCAGCUGAUUGUCCAUGACCUUGAAAACAACAUGCUACAUCACAGCCAUAAAAUCGAGGGUGACCGCACAGACUUCCUGCUGGUGUCAUCAUCAGGACAACUUGUUGUCAUGGCAACAAGCAAAGGAAAAAUCACCAUUUUGAGUACUGAAAACUAUGAUGUCAAGCACAUCUUAAACCACUGGAAACCUAGAAUUGAUUGUAUGGCAGAAAAUAACAACAUUCUCGUGGCUGGGACAGGUGAAAUGGAGGCCAAAGGAUCAGUGUGGAACAUUGAAUCAGGUGAACUGCUGAGAGAAUUUGAGUUCCUUUACUCUCUUCAUGUGGUUGCUCUCACCUCCACUGCUGACAAGAUUGUGACCUCCUUCUUCGACUUUCCCGUGGUUCUGACAAUGGACAGUGACCACAACACAAUGGACAUGACACAGGUUGAUACUGUGAUGGCUAGUGCUUCCUGUAUCGCCAUUGACAACGCUGACAGCCGUGCUCUGAUUGGUUCUUCAGAUGGACAGAUCCGGGUCAUUAACAUGGCGGGAACAUAUGAAUUCAGACUAGGACAGAACUCCCCUGUAUCUACCGCAGCAUUCUCACCAGACAGGAAAAGAGUGGUAUCUGCUGGGUAUAAGAGUUUAUUUGUGUGGGAUUUGAACCAAGCCAGACUACAGUAUAAGGUAAAAAAACAUGACAGCUUUAUCACAAAAAUUUUGUUUGACCAAUCUGGGAAGGUGAUGGUGACCGCCUCGAAGGACAAGAAAAUCAUUAUGUCGGACAUGUCCUAUGGAAUGUCCAUAGCGACUUACUAUGGUCACAAUUCCAUGGAUCAGCUGAAAAUAACUUUUGAUGGUGGCAAGGUAUUGUUUAUACCAGAUGUAGUGAAUUAUAUUGGUGUCCUGGAGCCCAAUCCAGCUCUGAGAAAGAUGAUGGGUGGAGACCGAGCAGUAAUUAGAAAAUCUCUAAUGAAGGCCAAGGCCAUGGCACUGUCGUUUUCCAGUCAGAAAAUAGCACCACACACAUCUCAAGCUUGUAGCAUCCUGUAAAGCACAAAAUAGCAUCACACACAUCUCAAGCUUGUAGCAUCCUGUAAAGCAUAGAAAAUAACACCACACACAUCUCAAGCUUGUAGCAACCUGUAAAACAUAGAAAAUAGCACAACACACAUCUCAAGCUUGUAGCAUCCUGUAAAACAUAGAAAAUAGCAAUACACACAUCUCAAGCUUGUACAUGUAGCACAUGUAAAACACAAAAUGGUAACACACAUAUCUCAAGUUAGUAGGAAUCUGUAAAACAUACAAAAUAGUACCAUGCACACACAUCUCAAACUUGUAGCACCUGUAAAACAUAGAAAAUAGCACCACACACACCUCAAGAUUGUAGCAACCUAUAAAACAUAAAAUAGCACCACACACAUCUGAAGCUUGUAGCAUCCUGUAAAGCACAAAAUGGUACCACACACAUCUCAAGAUUGUAGCUAUCUGUAAAGCACAAAAUAGCACCACAUACAUCUCAAGUUUGUAGCAACCUGUAAAACAUCACAAGCCUCCAACAUACUAUAAAAUGUAUAUUACAAGCUAGUAAUAUAUAUAUUAUCAUGUAUUUUCAAGCUAAUAACCAAGCUUAAAAGUCUGUAAGAUAUUAGCAAGCUUGUAACAUCCUGAAAAAUAUCAAAAGCUAGUAAUAUCAAAUAGAACACUGUAAGAUUGUAAUGUAACAUACAACAUCACAAACGUCUUAUGUCACAUCAAUGAUUUAGCGUUGUAGCUUGCAACAUCAUGUAAUCCUGUUACAAUGUAUAUAUACUUUGAAAAAUAUCACUAACUUCCAACAUUCUGUACAACAUCACAUGUGAUAUCUUGUACCACAUCACAACCACAGGCAAUUAUAUCGCUUGGGUUCAAAUGUACUGUUUAAUAUAGUAAAUUCAAACCCUAACGAUACAAUUGCCUGUGAUCACAACAUGUAACAUCUUUUACAUCACAGCAUUUAAUAUCUUGUACAACAUGUGACACAGCAUUUAAUAUCUUGUACAACAUGUGACACAGCAUGUAAUAUCUUGUACAACAUGUGACACAGCAUGCAAUAUCUUGUACAACAUGUGACACAGCAUGUAAUAUCUUGUACAACAUGUGACACAGCAUGUAAUAUCUUGUACAACAUGUGAUACUGCAUCCAAUAUCUUGUACAACAUGUGACACAGCAUGUAAUAUCUUGUACAACAUGUGAUACAGCAUGCAAUAUCUUGUACAACAUGUGACACAACAUGCAAUAUCUUGUACAACAUAUGACACAGCAUCUAAUAUAUUGUACAACAUACCCAAACUAAUAAACAUAUCAUAAUUCAUCACAAUCUUCGUUGUGUCAUUUUAAUAUCAACAAGCUCAAGAGAGAAAUAACCGUUUGUUACAUUGUGUUGAACUCGAUCUGUACAUGCAUAUAGAGUAUUUUUUUCAAUACCUAUCAGAAAUGACUGUUAGUCUAAGAGUGUGUUAUAGUUUUAAAAAUGCAUAAUGUAUUUUUUAUAUAUUUUAUUUUCGUAUUUCAUUCAACAGAUAUUAUUCAAUCUUUUAUUUAUUGAUAAAUCGCUUUUUGAUUUAUUUUCUCAAUGUAUGCCAGUAGAUAUUGAAUACCGUACAAGUGGAAUUUUUAGCAGGACACGAAUUUAGGGAUUUUCCCAUAAAAUUGGGUUUACAUGUACAUGUAUAGCGAGAGCUAAUUUUAGCGACUUUAUAAUUCAAGAAAGACAACUAUUACCUACGAUACGGAAUAAAUUGUAAGCGAUAUUAAUUUUUAGCGAACUCAACACCCUCGCUAAUAAUACCAGAAUUAAAUCCCCGCUAAAAAUUCUGCUUAUACAGUACUUGUUAGACUGUAAAACCAAGAAAUGAUAUAUGAAUUGAUGGUUGUUUGAGCUGAUUCUGUGUGCAUCUCAUCUACAGUUAUUCAACAAGGAAAACUGUUUCACCAUUAUAUCAAUUAUCUGAAAAUUUUACAGGAAAAAUAUUGAAUCUCAGUCAUGUAUACUAUGAUAUUAAUACUUUGUUUGAAAUAAAACAGAUAUUUUGUAUGAUUUAUUUUUUCUAGAAUUUUACUAUGUAAACCAUUUGCUAUCAUUCAUUUGUUAGUUUCAUUAUUAUUUAUGGUCAAUAAAUGCAGAAGUAUUAUCACGGCAGACACUGCUGUACUCCCACUACAAGAAAUGCCCUUUCAAAAGAUGAAAUUCUUCAAAACCAUGCUUCAGUUUUAGGCACAUUUGGUAUACCAGUCAGUGGGUCGAAUGAAUAUGAGUUACCGCCCCUAUUCUGGAUUCCCAAACUACAUUAAAACCCUUACAAACAAAGAUACAUUGCUGGAUCCAGUAAGUGCUCUACCAAGCCCCUAUCUAACAGCUAACAGCUUUGAAGGAGAAACUUCAGACUUACUUUGCAACUACAAAUGCCAGAAGUGGUGUAAAUCAAAUGUGUAUUCUAAAAAAUAUGCUAGAUUUCCUCAUUGACAAUAUUUUUGUGGUCUUUGGUAAUCAGGUCUUCCAACAGUCUGUCGGAAUUCCCAUGGGCACGAAUUGUGCUCCUUUGAUAGCUGACCUGAUUUUGUAUUCGUAUGAAGCAGAAUUUAUUCAGAAACUUCUACGUGAGAAAAAAAAAUCUCUUGCUGUGGCCUUCAAUUGGACAUUUAGAUACAUUGUGUAUAUUGACGUUUUAUCUAUUGACAAUAAUAGCUUUUACUAAUAUGUCGAUUCAAUAUAUCCCUGCGAGCUCGAAAUAAAAGACACCACAGAGUCGUCCACUUCUGCUUCAUACUUAGAUAUUUUAUCGCAAGUAGAUAUUAACAGCAAACUAACAACUCAACUUUAUGACAAACAGGAUGAUUUCAGCUUCUCCAUCGUCAACUUCCCAUAUUUAUGUAGCAAUAUUCCAUCAUCACCAGCAUAUGGAGUUUAUAUCUCUCAACUGAUUCGAUACACAAGAGCUUGUUCUGUUUUUGUCCCCCACCUCAACGCGGAAGGGGACAUAGAAAUACCGGUGUCCAUCCGUCUGUCCCACUUCACUUUGUGGACGCAACUCCUCAGAAACCGCUCAACGGAUUUUGUUAAUAUUUUGUAGGAUUGUUAGUCAUAUAAUGCCACCAUUUCGAUUCGACAAUUUUUACAGGAGUUAAGGGACUUUGUUGAAUUUGUACGUGCUACACUAUAGGAACACUUUGUGGACGCAACUCCUUCGAAACCGUUCACUGGAUUCCAUUCAAAAUUUUGUAGGAUUGUUAGUCAUCAUAUGUUGUUGAUCAUAUUGCGCCGUCAUUUUGAUUCGCUAAAUUUUACAGGAGUUAUGGAACUUUGUUGAAUUUGUACAUUCUACACUAUAAAAACACUUUGUGGACGCAACUUCUCCGAAACCGCUCAACGGAAUUUGUUCAAAUUUUGUAGGAUUGUUAGUCACCAUAUGUAGUUGAUCAUAUUGCGCCGUCAUUUUGAUUCGACAAGUUUUAGUACAGGAGUUAUGAGACUUUUGUGCUUCAACUUUUUUGCAGUGGUGGGGGACAUGGCUACGUGUAGCAGCAAGCUGCUGACAUACAAGUUGAUGGUACAGGGGUUUCAACAGUUUCGUUUAAAGUCAGCAUUUCGCAAAUUCUAUGGUCGUUAAAACGAUCUAGUUUGCAAAUACAACAUAUCGUUGGGUCAAAUGCUGUCUGACGUGUUUCAUACCGAUUGUUAGACCGUUUGUGGCACACUGAUUUUGACUACGGAUAACUCUGUUUACCUGAUCAAGAUAUAUGGCUCAUGGCGGGUGUGACCGGUCGACAGGGGAUGUUUACUCCUCCUAGGUACCUGAUCCC